GUGACAUACCAUGACAAUGAUGCCAUCGCGCCGGGAAGGUAGAUUGGCAUUUUCACGCCUCCGACGGAGACCGUUUUUCCCUCUGAAUUCGCAGCCCACAACCAGAUAACCCUUAAACAGGUUGAUGGAGCUAGCGAUGUGAUUAGAGUGUUUGAUCGAGUGUAAUUUAUCUGGAAGAUGGCUUGGUUCGGUAGCGGUAUCUCUCUUGGGAACUUGGAUCUUGCCGGCGCAGUGAACAAACUCAGUGAGAGCGUUAAGAACAUUGAGAAAAACUUCGAUAGCGCUCUAGGCCUAGAGGAUAAAGCCGAUGCCAGUAAUAGCGAAGCAUCAGGGUUAUGGCCUGCAGCAACGGAUCGGAACACACUGUUUAACCCUGUUAUGGCCUUUAUGGGACAUAAAGGUGAGGAGGAUACAAAGUCUCUAGAAGACACUGACACCUCGACGCCCAUCCCUGCUACGGUGGAGAAUGCCAUUGAAGAUUCAGCUGAUUCAGAAAUUGAGAAACCUGCUGCCCCUAUAGAAAGCUAUGAAGCAGAAAUAAGAACGAAUGUAAUAAUUACCUCUGGCAAAGAAGAUAAUGACCUGUCAAGAAAUUCUAAUGUAAAGCUAGAGUAUUCUCCUGAAGAAGCAAGAGACGCUUAUCUGAAACCAGAGCCAGUUAUGUCCACUGAAGACGUGAAUAAUGAAAAUGCAGAACUGGACCCAACUGUAUCUGCUGAAGAAGCUGAUACGAGCUUAGCGAAACAAGGUUCUGCUGAGGAAACAAAACCUGGGAGUGAAGAACAAAAUAUUUCUAGUGCUCUAGUUGAAAGACAAGAUGAACCUGAUUUACCAGCUGAAGUAUUUGAAAGCAAACCUGAGCAUGGCGAGGAAGGAGAGUCUUCUAAAUCACCAAAAAAGGAGGCUUCAAAUGCAGAAUAUAUUGGAAAUCUGGCAGAGUUAGAAUCAAUAUCGACCACUAUUGCCUCUCAAGAUGAACUUCACACUAUAACAUUUCAUCCAUCCAAUGAUUUUGUUAAUUCACAGGAGAACACAAAUGAGACUGAUGAACAGAAGGAAGAGAACAAAGAGGAAGUUUCUCCAGUUGACUUUCAGUAUGAAUCAACCAGUCAUUUUGGAAGUGGAAGGCAUUCUGUUUCUGACUCUGCCGAGUCUAAUAAAACUGGACCUUCGGAGGAACAAUAUGAAACUAACUUUCCUGUUGUCCAACAUGAUGAAGAAGCUUCAGAGAUGGUUUCUGAUUCGAGUUCGCAUACAAAUAAUGUAAUUGCUCAAGCUGUUGAGGUCAACCAGAGAGCAAUCGAUAAUGUGGUAGGUCUUACAGAGCAGUUGAGUUCAGGGACCAACUUGACAGAUGCUUCCAAUAUGGUAGCUGAACUAGAAAAAGUGAAAAGAGAGAUGAAAAUGAUGGAAUCUGCACUGUUAGGUGCUGCUAGACAAGCACAGGCAAAAGCUGAUGAAAUUGCAAAGCUGAUGAAUGAAAAUGAGCAUCUAAAGGCUGUUGUUGAGGAUCUGAGAGGAAAAGCCAGUGAGGUAGAUAUUGAAUCCCUGCGAGAAGAGUACCAUCAAAGGGUUGCAACUCUUGAAAGAAAGGUCUACUCUCUUACCAAAGAAAGGGAUACACUUCGUAGAGAGCACAAUAAGAAGAGUGAUGCGGCUGCUCUUCUGAAGGAGAAAGAUGAAAUCAUUACUCAAGUUAUGGCUGAAGGUGAACAGCUUUCAAAAAAGCAAGCUGCCCAGGAGGCUCAUAUUAGGAAAUUAAGGGCACAGAUUAGAGAGCUAGAAGAAGAGAAGAAAGGACUGCAGACCAAGCUAGAGGUAGAAGAAAAUACAGUGGAGAGUAUAAGAAGGGAUAAGGCUGCAACUGAGAAGUUGCUUCAAGAAACAAUUGAGAAACACCAAUCAGAACUCACAAUUCAAAAAGAAUACUACACAAAUGCUUUGAAUGCAGCGAGGGAAGCUGAAUCAUUAGCUGAAGCACGGGCUAAUAAUGAAGCUAGAACCGAACUUGAGGGUCGUCUAAGAGAGGUC